AUGGCGAACUCCAAGAUCAUCUUGCUUUUAGGCGCAAUUGCCUCUUGUGCUGCACAUUUCACUGUCCCCAAUGACGACCAGGAUAUGAGCGGGCUCACCGUCAACUCUCUCCCAUGGGAUAAGAGAGUGGAGUACAUGCGCAAAACAAACCAGGCUCUAUACAGCCAGAGUGGCCCAUGUCCAUUUGCUGCCUUUGGAGCAAUAAUUGUAAACCACACAGCCGAUGAGGUAGUUUGCGAGGGGGCCAAUUUUCGAACUGGGGAUCCCACGAUCCAUGGCGAAAUUUCGGCCAUCAAUGCUUGCACUGCCAAGUUUACUGCAAUGGGAAUGACUCCGACACAGAUAUAUGCUGCUUGGGGUGAACUGUCCCUUUACACGAAUGCUGAAUCGUGUCCUAUGUGCGCAAGUGCAAUCAGAUGGGCAGGCUUCAAAGAGUACAUCUAUGGGACCACAAUUCAACAUAACUACAACGUGGGAUGGGGAGUUAUGACACUCAGCAGCUAUGACGUAUUCCAACAGUCACGCCAAUUGCCUGGAUACCAGACCGUGAUGCUUGGACAGAUCCUCACGAACGAAACCGAUCCUCUUUUCUCGUGGCAGUACAAUGCAUCCGCACCAUGCCCAAAUGGAUGCUUCCGUAUCCCAAGUGUAGCAAGGGGCGGCAGCACCUGCUCAAAUACAACCGCCACAGCAUGA